AUGAGUUACUACACUAGGAAAGAGCCUUCAGCGUCAGGGCAGAAUGCCUCAACCAAUUUGGAUCAAGACUUGCAUCUUAGUAGAGAUGCCAAGUAUAAGAAGUCCGAGGCCGAGGUGAAGCAAUGGAUAUUCACCACCUUAAAUGUCGCAGACGACAAGGUCCAUGAAUUUGAACAGCACAACCAGGAUCUCAUUGACAUCCUUAAGGACGGAGAAUAUUUAUGUAAGCUAGGUGAUCUUGCCUAUCCAGAAGGCCCAACCAAGAAGUACAAAAACCUGAGAAUGCCAUUUGUGCAAAUGGAGAACAUCCUGUUCUUCCUCAAGACUUGCGAAUAUCUCGAAGUGGCGCAUGACGAGAUCUUUCAGACAAUUGACUUAUUCGAGAGAAGUGAUCCCUAUCAAGUCAUUAUAACGUUGAUAGCGUUUUCGAGGAGGGCGAACGAAGAGAACCCAAAGGUGUCUGUGAUUGGACCCAAAGUCGUCCGUGUCAAGCCACAAGUACCCAAGAAGCCAAUUGGCCUCAGAAGCUGA